UAGUUUCUAAAACCGUUAUAUAAACCAUCUCCCAUUCCACUCAAAAACAAUCAUCUCAUAAACAGUCGUCUAGCUAUCAAAGUACCAAACAUGGCGGGCUACAACCUCGAAGCUAUCGAAGCCGCACCGUUAAAGGAAGAUGUCGAUAUUGUGAUCCCAACGAUCAGGAGCCUUGACUUUCUUGAACAAUGGAGGCCAUUUCUCAAGCAUUACCAUUUAAUCAUUGUCCAGGAUGGAGACCCUUCGAUCAAUAUCCGAGUUCCAGAGGGUUAUGACUAUGAGCUGUACAACCGUAACGAUAUUAACAGGAUCCUUGGUCCUAGAGCUAAUUGUAUUUCCUACAAGGAUGGUGGAUGUCGUUGCUUCGGCUUCAUGGUUUCCAAGAAGAAGUAUAUCUACACCAUUGAUGAUGAUUGCUUUGUGGCAAAUGAUCCAAGUGGGAAAGAAAUCAAUGUGAUAGCUCAACACAUAAAGAACCUUGAGACACCUUCAACACCACACUACUUCAACACUCUCUAUGACCCUUUUAGAGAUGGAACUGACUUUGUGAGAGGAUACCCUUUCAGUUUGAGGGAAGGUGUCACAACCGCCAUCUCUCAUGGCCUUUGGCUCAACAUCCCUGAUUACGAUGCCCCGACCCAGCUCGUGAAGCCUCGUGAACGAAACAUCAGGUAUGUUGAUGCAGUGAUGACAAUCCCAAAAGGUGUAUUGUACCCAAUGUGUGGCAUGAAUCUUGCUUUCAAUAGAGAGCUUAUUGGACCUGCUAUGUACUUCGGCCUUAUGGGUGAAGGCCAGCCCAUUUCCCGGUACGAUGACAUGUGGGCUGGUUGGGCAGCUAAAGUGGUGUGUGACCACUUGGGCUUUGGGGUCAAAACCGGUCUGCCGUAUGUGUGGCAUAGCAAAGCGAGUAACCCGUUCGUGAACCUAAAGAAAGAGCACAAGGGACUUCAUUGGCAAGAAGAUAUGGUUCCUUUCUUCCAAAAUCUUCGUCUCUCCAAAGAAUCUGACACUGCCGCUAAAUGCUAUAUGGAGUUGUCCAACAUGACAAAGGAGAAGCUUACUGAAGUUGAUCCUUACUUUGAGAAGUUGGCUGAUGCAAUGGUCGCUUGGAUUGAGGCGUGGGAGGAGCUUAACCCGCCAGUUGAUGGAAAAGAUGUCAAGGCCAGGUGAUAAAGAAUUGAAGAUGAUGAGUGAUGCCUGCUGUGUUACUGCAUGAAUAAGUACGUUUAAGUUUGUUACUGUAUGGUCUUUUAUUUAUUUAUUUUCGUUUUGGAAGUGUGCUUCGUACAAUAAGUUGUGUAAUUGUUCUUUUUGUGAUUUGUCAAAGAAUACUCUGUGUGAUUGUUGUGUUUA